AGGUUAUCCCAGACAUCAUUAUGUCUAGUCGACUUGGUGACGGGCUCGACCACAGACAAAAGCAUUCCAUGCCGGCAAUUGCCAUUACUAUUCAGGUUGUGACGACUGCCUUGCUAUGGACUCGUGUCGCAAGCCGCUUUGCUACACGUAGUCAACUUGGGAUCGACGAUGCAUUCAUCGUCAUCGCCUGGGUGCUUGGGAUUGGUCUCACCAUAGUUGUUCUUCUUGGCACCGAGAAAUACGGUCUGAAUCGCCACAUCUGGGACCUUUCGCCCACUCUUUACGUAAGUGGAGGACGGGUCGGACUCGCCGUCGAAGUCCUUGUACUCCUGAGUCUAUGCUUUACAAAAGUAUCGGUACUCAUGUUCUACAGACGGUUGGUGGAAGGCACCGUCAGCCGAAAAUUCAAGUUUGCGGUCUGGGCGGCCAUAGCGUUCGUAGUCGCCUACACCAUCGCGUUUGUAGCGAUCACAUUCUCCGGCUGUAAGCCCGUCAAGGCUUUGUGGCUACGAUAUGAUAUCCUGGGAUGGGCAGCAACUCAUGAAUUCGAAUGCUGGCCAGCAGCUCGUGCAGUCGUCGCAGCAAAGCUUGCUGGCGCUUUGAGCGUGGUCACCGACUUUUACUCGGUCUUUCUUCCCGUGGCAUUGGUACUCCAAAUUCGUAUCAGCCGCAGGCAAACGAUCGGACUUCUCAUCAUCUUUGGAAUCGGGCUACUGGUCGUUGGAGCCGGCAUUGCACGCACGUACUACCUUGGACGAGUCUUUGGCGAAACUAUUGACAGGCCAUGGUGGACGUGGGACGUUUUCCUUGCAAGCGUGAUCGAAUGCAAUGUUGCAAUUAUCUGCGCAUCUGCACCCAGUUUAAAGGCGCUGUUCGGCAGAUACUUCAAGAGCGUCUCGUCCUAUCAUCCAAGUGCAUCGGAUGCGAGCAAGACAAAAAGCAGCACAAACAGCAACUACAACUUGUCUAAAACGAACGCCGGUAGGACCAAGCUUGUCGAACAGCCUACAGAGCUUAUGAAGCCAAGAGCACGAACAGGCACCGCAGAUUACUCGACCUUUAACGGCGAACAUAGCACGGGCGACCUUGAUCGCGGUAUUUCCACAGAAACGUCUGUAAACUUUGCGACUGCUCAGGUGGUGCCUCAUCACAACGGGAAAGACGGCCGUUUUCGAGAGUCUUUUUUUGCUUCGACAAGCUCGGCAGGUGUGUCUGACGACGAGAUCGUGCUUGUGCCGAAAUCAGACCCUGAGCGUCAGGAUGUCAUUCCAGGUUGACAUACGUCCUGACCAAGAAAUUGCAGCGUCGCUUUUUAAGAGUUACAGCGUCGUCAAUCAUUAUAGGAUGUCUACCGCGGAACGAGAAAGAUUUGAUUGAUCCAAACCUGCCGCUGUUGUAAAUGUGCCGUACACUGUACGGCAUGAUCUCGUCUGACCACGUGGUGAGAGGAUAGAACUAUGAUCUCAAGUGCUCGGAUCUUCGCUGCGGUAAAUUCGUCACCGGCUGAUUUGAAUGAGGAAAAGAAAAGUAUCUUGGCUAUCGUCAUGCAUUCUUGGGAAUGGUACGGAGCACACUGAGUUGGCGACAAGGUUAGAAGCUUGAAAUUUCAUGAUAUCAAAAACCGUGCGGAAGAAUCCCUGAUUAUCCAACGCGAAUCGCGCGUAACGUGUG